UACCUAAUCUAUUUCCUGAGCCAAGCAUGAAAUUCAAGAAGAAAAGCAAUCAAUGUUUAAUAGUCUGAAAGGGGAGUGAAAAUCACAAGAGGGAAGGCCACCAGUGAGAGAAGGUAGUAAAAAUGCUUGGCUUGAAGAUUGCUCACAUCUUCACCUUUCGUGUCCUGCUAGGCAAUGAGUCUCGAAUCAGAACUGGAAAAUUUGGAUCUAAAAUCAUGCAUGAGGAAGACACCGGUGGAAGUUGAAGGCAUCCCUUUGUUCAGUGAAACUGCAGAGAACUGGGAUUCCAUAUGGCACUUUAAAGCCAGGCCAGAUGAUCUUAUCAUUUGCACUUAUCCCAAAGCAGGGACCACUUGGACACAAGAAAUUGUGGACAUGAUCCAGCAAGGUGGAGACCCUCAAAAAUGUGCACGGGCCCCCAUCUACAAAAGGAUGCCUUUCUUAGAAUAUUGCUCUCCCAUACCCAGUUCCUCAAGUGGCUUUGAAAUAGCGAAAACAAUGCCUUCUCCACGUUUUCUCAAAACUCAUCUCCCUGUUCAGCUCCUGCCGCCUUCUUUCUGGCAACAAAACUGCAAAAUCAUUUAUGUGGCCAGAAAUAUCAAAGAUUGUGUGGUCUCCUAUUUUCACUUUCACCUCAUGCAUCAAUUUUUCCCAGAACCUGGAACCUGGGAUCAGUUCCUGGAAGAUUUUAUUGCUGGGAACCUUAAUUGGGGCAGUUGGUUUGAUCAUGUUCGUGGUUGGUGGACGGCUAAGAAUCAUCACCCAAUUCUGUAUCUCUUUUACGAAGAUAUGAAAGAGGAUCCUGCCCAAGAAAUCUGCAAAAUUGCCCAAUUCUUAGAGGUGGAGCUCUCAGAACUGGUGGUAAAUCAGAUUGUGCAACACACAAUCUUUGAAAAAAUGAAAGGAAAUCCAUGUGUUAAUUAUACCACUGUACCUUCUUUAAUUAUGGACCAGACUGUCUCCCCCUUCAUGAGAAAAGGCACUGUAGGAGACUGGAAGGAACACUUCACUGUGGCUCAAAGUGAACGGCUGGAUGACAUCUGUGCUCAGGAACUUGAAGGCAGUGGCUUGACUUUUCGCACACAGCUGUAAGCACAUUUUGAUGGGCCUCUGGAGACUUUCACAAAACAUUCCUGGAGUAGUUGACUUCACUUCCAUAGCAGUUUCCUUGCCAGAUAUUAACUGUGGAAUUGCGAUGCUUCCUUUACUGAUUUUUAUGUAGAAUUUGCGUGACAUGAUCAUUCCAUCACGCUCCUCCUGGGACUGUUCCUAAGCUGCUUCUUUCUUUAUCCUAAUUGUGGAAAGUCCAACUUUAUUUAAGGGCCAAAUAGUAAUGCAAUUUCCAGAGAUCAUUUGUAUAAUCGAAGACUACACAGAUGUCUUUUACCAUCAGCAAUGAAACAAGUCAUGCAAUGAUUACAUUGUAUCCUUUGUAACACAAUUUCUGUGGCAUAGAGAAAAAUGAGAGAGAAAUGAUGGAAAAUGGUAGGGUUACAAUUAAAAGAUGACAUCGCUGAUUUGUGAGUCACUAUAAAAUUCCAUAUAUGAUUAAUGUCUGAAAUCACCCACAGGUAUAUGGCAUGACCUAGAACAGCAGUUCCUAAACUGUGUUCUGCAGAACCUUAGGGUUUCAUGAAAGUAUCAGAGAAGUUCUGUGAAAAAAACUGUGCCACAGUAUGAAGAUUUUAUUGAAAUUCAAUGUACUUCUGCUUUAAAAACAAAAUUUGAAUCUCUUUAUUUACAAACCUAUAUUAUACAAAACAUCCAGGCAAUAAAUUAAUGGUGGCGAACCUA